AGAAGCAUUAAACCUAAAUCUUUUUUAGGGAGAAAGAAUUCUUAUGUUGCUGGAGAGCUCUCUUCUUAAGGGUUUUGAACCGGAGAGGGGGAAAACGCCAUAGCCAAAAUCUUGUAGCUCCUUCUCCAUAUUGAUGGAGGAGACAAAGAAACAUACGUGCUUGAAGCUCCACUUUCCAAAUAAUAGCGACAUUAACAGUGGAGAAGGAGAACCCAUAUUCGUGAAGGGCACUUGGUUUCACAGCCACUUCGACCUCGCCAUCACCGAUGGUAUCAAUGCCUGGCACUGCCACGCAUCGGAGGAGGAGGUGAAGCAGCGUGCUGCUCAGUGGGACCAGCCAGCUUCGGAGUACGUGAUGUUGGCUGAGCGUUACUUGGGGUUUCAGCAACCUGGUUCUGUGUAUGCUUUUGAUGAUGCUGGUGAUGGCCAUAAGAGGCUGUCGUGGACGUUUGAUAAGGAAGGAAUGACACUGCAAUGGAGAUGGAAAUGCAUGCCGUCUAGUAAUUGUAAGAAAACUACUGCAGACAUAUUGGACUUUCUAAUGGAUGCAAACACAACGCUAAGUGAAGAAGUUGUCAGAAAAACUAAAUUGUAUGAGAAGAUGAAAGUGGAAGCUGAGAAGUGCUUAGCCCAGAGUGAGAGAAUCGCCAAUGAGAGGGUGGAAUUUGAAUCUGAAAUAUAUGUAAAGUUUCUGGGGGUCUUGAAUUCUAAGAAAGCAAAACUGAGAGAGCUUCGAGAUCAGCUGUCAAAACAAGGGAAUGCAGAGAAAUCUCCUCAAGAGGAAGACACAGAAAAAACUGAGAGUUUUGACGAAGAAAGUGACGAUGACAAAAGUGACGAAGAUCCUCUAAAGUAUGUUACUAGUUCUUCAAAGGAUGUUAGAGCUAAUAAGCCUUCUCGUGCAAAGAGAAGUAGACACACAUGACAUAUUAUCUGCACCAAUCAAGAGUUGAUUUUCACCUUGGAUUUGACAUCUUUACAAAAAUUAGUUAACUAAGAUUAACAUGUGCCUCUUGUUAUCCAUGCCUCAUAAUCCAUAUAGAACAGUGUAAAUCUUUUGUCUUCUCUUGUGUACACGGUUUUAUGUACUUCUCAGGUUCUAUGUGGAGUGUUGACUGCCUACACAGAGCUGUAGGCGGAAACCAUUGCAUGACCACCACUCGAGUAGCAAUUCUGUGGGUUGGUUCAAGGCAU